CUCCUGUAUCCCGGCACACACCGCGCACGGCAAUGGUGGCGAGCGGCCGGGCUCGGUUUGGUGGGGCGUCAGCGGCCGAGUGACCGGGAGCCGCCGACAUGAAACCGAAAGAGGCGACUAUUGUGACGGAUGAGGUGGUGCAGCUGAGUGUUCCUGUGAUCCAGCAAUCCUAUCACUGGGACUGCGGGCUCGCCUGCUCCAGGAUGGUGCUGCAAUACCUCCAUCCAGUGAGUGAAGAAGAGUUUCAAACUGUGUGUUGGAGGCUGAAGCUCAGUGAAAGUGUCUGGACAAUAGAUUUGGCUUAUCUGAUGCACCAGUUUGGGGUCACACACCGCUUCUGCACUCAGACAUUGGGGGUGGACAAGGGCUACCGAUACCAGUCGUUUUAUCGUAAACACUUUGACACAGAAGAGGAACGGGUAAACCAGCUGUUUGCUCAAUCGGGGCUAAAUGACGUCCGGGUAGAAAAGAGGUCUGUCAGGGUACAGGAAAUCCAGGAGCACCUGGCUCAGGGUCACGUGGUCAUCGUGCUGGUGAACGCCGUACUCCUGGUCUGUGACCUCUGCUCCACACCCGUCAAAUUCUGCUGUCUUCUCCCAAUUGGACAGAAAUGUUUUUGCAAAAACCCAGACUAUCAGGGACAUUUUAUCGUUGUCUGUGGCUACAAUGGGAAAUCCGGCUGCAUCUUUUACAAUAACCCUGCAUACGCUGACAGAGUCUGCAGCACCAGCCUCAGUAACUUUGACGAGGCUCGCAUGAGCUACGGCACAGACGAGGACAUCCUGUUUGUUUACAAGGACAGUUGACCGUGGUGACUCGCUUCAACACACAAUACAGCUCCAGGUUUCUUCUCCGUCAGUUUAUUGGAUGCACUAAGGAUGCGCUAGCAGUGGAACACACAGUGCUGCUGCGAGGCUUGCCUCUGCUCAGUGACGGGACUAUUUGUACUCGACCUCGUGACUGGUUCAGGACUGAAGAGCCACUACUGAACAGCUUCUCAUGCCAACCGGGGAGGUGGUGGGGGGUACCAGCAAAUUGGGUUUUCACUUGAAUAGUAUAGCUAGUGCCACAUGCACAUGCUAGUGCACGUUUCACCAGUAGCUUUUUGAUGUAUUCAGGGACACAUUUUUUUAGGAAAUCAUGUUAUAGACAAACAUAAUUGCAGCCUAGCUUUGAUUUUUAUUCCUCCCCAUCCCCCAUGAUCAGGCUUUCCACAGCCAAUGUUUUAUUUACAUGAGUUAAACAGCUUGCAAGCGGCAGGAAAAUAAGGAAAACAUAAUUUGUGCAAUUCUCUGUUUGACUUUCUUAGGUACGGCUACAGCAUGGUACCUUGUUUGGGGUGGGGUAAUAAACCUGAGGGCUCAGUGAGUAAAUGGUACUUUUUCAGUUCAGUAACAGCAAUAUAUUGUUCUUUGCUUAUAGCCCAUCAGAGUUCAUUCAGGUGGUUUUGAAUUGUCACAGUACUUCAGGGUGUGGCAUAGGAUCACAGACACAGCAGGAAAAGUUGCAGGCAAAAUUUAAAUGAAAAAUGUUCACCCAGCUGCCUCACAAGCAGAAGGUGACAUGUUGAGUUCUAGGACAGUCUUGUUUGGUUGGAUUGGGAAGGAUUUAGCCCAUCUAGGUGUUGGAUCGUUUUGUUUUUUACUCUUAAGGCACUCAACUGGUCAGAUGAUAUUGAGAUGGAAUACAAAGCUCAGACGAAUUUUCCUAUCUUGUUCACAAUUGCAGUUGGCUGCUAUAGGAGAAGAGAAAGAAAAAUAGGUUCUGCUUUGUCAGUUCCUCCAGCAGCCUAGAUGAAAACUUUGCUGAAUAUUUUGCAUGCACAGUUCUGUUGGUAGUGAGCAUCAGUUUUGAGAAUAUAACCCCAUGCGACCACAUCAUGUGUUCUGCGAACAAACCAUGUUUCAUUUUGAUAAUUGUGUUUUACGAAGCUUUUCCUGUGAAUAUUUUAUAAAUAGGAUUGAAUUGUUCUUUUCAACAUUGGAAUGUCUGAUUUUUAUAUAAGUGCUUUAAUAAAUGUGACUUGCUGAA